UGGAACUGCCUCCCUUGCGAAUAAAAUAGCUGUAAGCUGGGACAUGUAGAUCUAGCGCUCAUCGCCUUUCCUCCUUUACUCCUUCCACAAUGUCGUCGAACUCGACAGACCCUAGUCUCCCUGCUUCCUUGGACCUUCCCCCUCAUCUAUCUGCACAAAAGUACUUCUUCGUCUGCACACUCACCGUCUUGGCCUGGGACGCUCUCGUUCUCACUCCCAGGUCCUACAAGCUGGGCCGUCUGCCAAAAUGGCCCGCUUUGAAGUUCAUGUAUUACUUUAUGCAAUUUUGGGUCCUAGCAGAUUUUGUUGUCACAGGUGUAAUGUUCUUUAGCACAACAGUCAUACAAGACACAGACUGCGUCGGCUUCUGGCCUUACGAGCCAAUUUGUACAGCAAUUCUCCUUGCUGUUGCAUCUGCUGUCCAUGUUAUGCGCAUAUCGGCUAUCUAUGACCACGUCCAAAAUGUUCGCGCAACCAUGUGGGGAUUGUACGCCGUGCAGAUUGUCGUUACAGCCAUUUGCUGCGGCUUCUAUCGCUCUGUUCAUCUUAGAGAUGGCCAGGGAUGCAUCGCUGGUCCCUUGAAUAACGCAAGCUGGGUUGGAAUUUACUGGCUAGCUCCAACCUUGCUGUACGGUACCAGCUUCGUCCUCGCUGCUCUGCGCAGCAUUAAAACCCUCGAAACCAAGCCUGUAUCUUACUGGCGUCUCAUGCUUCGUGACGGCUUGAACCUGUACGGUGCUAUUCUCCUUGUAAACCUCGUCAACGUCCUCUUCUACUUCAUCAUGACGCCCACGGGUCCAACCGACCCCAUCAAGACAAUUGUCACUAGCAUGGCUGCUGUGCUUACGACAACUAUGUCUAUGCGCAUCAUCCUCUCCGUGCGUGGGGACCUAGCCAACGGAGGCUCGUUCUCAGUCUCUUCCCACGCCGCCUCCUCAUCAGGAGCCAACACUCACUCGCUCUCCGGCUCAGGGAAUAGACCAAGGGGUGUCAACCACACUUUCACCCUCGGCGAUAUGCGGGACGCCACCGUGGCUGUGGCCGGCCGUAAAGAGGGCGGAGAGUGGGACGCUGAUAAAAGCAGUGUCACCCCUCGCGAGGAAACCAAAGCCGUACUUCCAAUUGUUGGAGAGGACAUUGAUAGUGGUAUUCCCCGUGCGCGCACGGGGUUGGGUGUGCAGAUCACAGUUGAUCAGCAAGUCGAGUAUGAUGAUGGAUUUCCCACGAGGAAGUAAUUUUCGGGAUCUGAUGGCGCAGGCGCGCUCGCUCAGUGAGGCGAUACGAUAUAUUUCUGGGACUUGUGAUCCCUUGUCUUUGACGUUGACAUGUUAUUUCCCGCACCCGUAUUUUUUUGUUUCCGCUCGUAUUUAUACCGUUUGUUUACUCACAGUAUUCCCUACGUACCCCACGUUACUACAAAGAAUUCCAUGGAUACAUUGUAUACCAUUUGUACUGUUUGAAUACUAAAACUAAAAGUUAGCGCUCAGCCAUUGUCACCCUGCCACAAUCCAUCUG